GCGGCUUGCCGUCUGUUUUUACAAGGAACGGCACCCAAAUCAAUAAUCAAAAUUUUAGUCACUUGAUCAACUAGAGGGGCACCACACUAUCGUCUGGUGUCCGGCACACGAGCGACUGGCAGGAAACGCUAGGGCAGACCGUAUUGCUCGAGGUUUGCACGUCCGAGCAACGGCAUGGCCUAGCGACGACCUUCCACCGAAUUCUCGGGACAUCCUUCUACAGCAAAUGCAGGAGCGGAGACGUUUUGGACAUCCUCACUCCGAUUUAAACAGCCAACAGGAGAGGGACUGGCGUCGUAUUCAGACGAAUACAUACCCCAACCUGCACCACCAUCACCAGUUUUAUUCUCUCUCUCUCAGCCAACCGAGUCGGGCUGAGUCAUUUGCGUUUCACGAGAUAGCGAUAACGCAGCCUGGAACGUGCGCCAUCACCACUGGUAGGUCGCGUAUGUUGUUUCAAGGUAGAAAACAAGUGCGUUGGCGCCAAUAUAUGAUGACUCAUUCCGCUUCCCGGGUACACGCAUCCUUGCUAAUGAAGCAGACGACGGAAGCGGGAAUCGUUUCUGACAGAGUAAACGUAGGCUUUGAGCUGGCUACUUUAUUUUUUACUGAGGAUAAAAACUGUUUUGCUUUACCAACAACGUUAGGUUCGGCAACCCCCGGAAAGCGAGUGCUGGUUUCUGUUUCAAGGAACAUGCGCGCUCCAAGCGGCUGCCGGACAUCCUAACUUACUUUUUUAUUUUUAUUUUUGUGAAUUUUAAAUCGGGAGAUACGCGGGAAGUGGUUGUCUUCGUUCGUCCGUCGAGCUUACCUCCGCUCACCCUUGCCACUCGAUCAGCGAUAUCACAAAUCGGAUCGCGCUUCGUCAUCGGCUUCAGUUGUCGAUCCAAGUAUGAAGAUGGGAAAGAUAAGACCGAGAAGCUUGAUCAGGCGUGCAACGAAUGGAAGGCGCAAGAGUCACCCAAGCAUUAGACGAACAUGGCUAAACGGGGCAUCCCAUGUGUUGCGCGGCUCUGUGGUGUUCUAACACCGGGAAUUCCAGUUCUGCGAAGUUUUUCAGGUUUCCUACUGACAGCAGCUCGACGCAACGCCCUUCGAGGAGCGGAGUACACAGCGCAUGGAAGCUUGAUGCCUCUUCGGUGAGCAGCAUCUAUGGGAGCACCGUUUCGCCGCUUCGGCGCAGCCACAAUGCCGGAGCACUAGCUGUAGCGACACUCGCUAAACAGCGGCAAUUGCUUCAGGAACCGCUUCCGCGACAGCUUCGGACGCCCGGCUGCAUUUGGUGCGCUCUAGGUAGGCGCCAUCGAGUGCGGCAACGAACAAAGCCUAGAGCCCUCCGGCAGAGACAGUAUCCGCAAUGGCGCUGCCAGACUCUCGCGCCUGCUGGCCCGUGGCAGCCUGCGCGGCCGUGUUCGUCUUCUUCGGCAUGAUGUUGACCAAGUCGGAGUCCGUCAUGUACAUAGGAUUUAUGGGCAUGCUGCACAUCAACCGCGAGGAAGCGUCGUGGCCACUGACGAUCGCCAUCAUCAUGUCGCAGCUCUCAGGGCCCCUAUACGGAUUGCUUGGCCUGUGGCUUUCGGACCGGAUCCUGCUUGUGGCUGGUGCCUUUCUCUGCGCACUGCCUGUGAUGGCCUGCGCCCUGGCACAGAACCUUGGACAAGUCAUUUUUCUAUACGGUGUCCUCUAUGGCCUGGGCGUGGCUUGUGAAGAGCUGUUGCCGUUCACGGUAGUGGCUCGGCAUUUCAUUCGUUACCGAGGCACGGCCAUGGGCCUGCUGUUCGUGGUGACUGCCAUGUCCGGCUUCGUAUCCCCGCUGAUCGUCGAGACACUGCGGCAGGCCUUCGACUUCCGCAUAGCUUUGCUCAUACUGGGAGCCUUGCAGCUGAACAUGCUGUUCGGCUGCAUCUACGUCGACCGCGUCCCCCGUAGCGAUGGCAACUGCUCCAGCGACCAUAGUGGCUCCGAGCUGCCCAAGUCGCCGCUUGCUGUCAGGCGACCAAGAAGGAGCAGUUUCCAGGCCGCGUCGUUCGCGCAUUCUUGUUCUAAGAGCCUCGUCGAAUCGUUUACAGCGGCCAGGUCCAUUCCGCCCAACCUGCGGCCACGCGAGGCGGACUCGCUUCUCGAGAAGUGCGACUCACCGUCGAGGAGGCUCGCACGCAACAUGCGCUCGCUGGUGUCCGCGCAGUUCCUUCACGUGGCGGCAUCUCGGGCGGUGUCGCUCUUUGUGCUCUCGUCGUUCCUGCUGACCGCCGUUGACUUCGGCUCGGACAACGGUCUCAGCGGAUACGAGGCUGUCGCCCUGGUCACCGUCAGCGCCGUCGGGGACCUGGUGUCGAGGAUAGGCACCGGCUUGAUUCUGGACUCGAAGGUGAUAAGCGCCGACGCCUUGAUGGUCUGGAGCUUCGCCAUCCAGGCAGCCUCCUUGGCUGUCAUGGCGCUGGACAAGCGCUACUGGAUCCUCCUGGCCAGCUGCUUCUUCACCGGCGUAACGGGCGGUGGACGAAUAUUCGCCUGCACCGUCAUGGUUGCCGAGCUGUUCGACGAACGAUCGCUACCACUAAGCCUGGGCGUCAUGAAUUUCAUCGCCGGCAUAAUCUGCCUCGCACGGCCACCGCUCAUUGGUUACAUUCGGGACGUCAUGGGUUCCUACGACGCGCUGUACAUAUCAUUUGCUGUCACCAACGCCAUUUUCACGAUAACGUGGGCAAUAAGCCUGUGCUGGCAAAAAUGUCGUAGGAAACGGGAGUGGCAUUUCAUCGACGAUCUUGCAGGUGAGGAGCAAGAGACACGAAACUGACGAGCACGUAACCCGGACACAUCAGCUGUGACUGUGCCCCCCAACCCUCUUGUUUUGUUUACUAUUUAUAUACCACCAAGCACGCGUCUUCAGUGCCUUUAAUUUAUUGUACAAUAAACACGACCUUUGAAAAGUU